AUGUUUAUAGAUGUAGAGAAAGGAAAGUUCGGUAUUUCGGAGUGGUAUCGUUCUCCAGGAUAUUUCUUGAUAUUCUUUUCCAUUUUUCAUGAGAAAGAAAUCUUUGAUGAGCAAGUUAACCAAACUGUUGAUGUAAACAAAACUGACAAGGAACCGUCAGAAAAAAAGGAACAGAUCGAAGAAAUCUUUAAGAAAGCAAAGGAUGACGAAAUGCAGAUUUCGGUUCCGGUCCAGAUGACUGAGUCACAAGAAUCAGUUGUUCCAACAUCAGUAGUCACAUUCACAAUUGUUAUGUUUCUUUUUGCUGUGAUUGUAACUGUCGUGGGUUAUUUCUUUUCCUGGGUUUCACCAGGAUUACCACGACUAAUAAUCAAAAUUCAUCUUUCAAUCUGCUUACGGCUUAGGCUGUCAGUAAAUCCAUUCUUCAUUGUCCAAACACACGUCAUCAGUUUCUCGCUUCUUUCUUCAUCUCACUGA